CACAAAUAUUGAAAAUACACGUAGAAUAUGCGGACGGGUCUGAGCUUUCUCCUUCUUUGGAGCACCCGAUUAAUUGGUUCAGAUGCAAUGUUAAUUCGAUCCAACCCUAGCUAUGUGAGUGUUUGGAGACCGAUGACCGCAAACUCUGAACAUUCAAGACUGACCCUCCGGCAUGACCUUAACGAAGAUCCUGCUUAUGUCAAGGUCGAAGGUCGUACAGAUACUGGGUUUAUAUUUCCCGCGUUUGGUUCCUCCCAGCAGGAUGACGACACUGGUACCCUGUAUGGGGGCGUGGUGUUCGUCUACAACUUAACUCACAUCGAUAUAUUUGUCUCACAUAUCAACAACAACAACCGGAAAAGGAACUGGACAGCAAUAUAUACAGGAGAUGAAUCUAAAUGGAGUGGUCCUAAAUAUCUCAAUCGGAGGUAUGAAUCCAUUGCUGUUCAGGCAAAGGUGUGGCGAUCACGUGACCUUCCUCCGCCUACUUGGAGUAACACAACUAGGGUUACUAACCAGGGAUGUGUAAAUGAAAUAUUGAUGCAUUCAUUAAACAGAUAUCCCGACUUGAUCGUUGUACAAAUACGAAAAGGGCACACUCUAUCCCAGGGCCAAGGUUUGUCCUCACUGGGUAAUACAACAUCGGAAAUAUUUCACUUUGGUGGAGUGCUCUACGGAACAAAUGAGUCCCAUGUACAGCUGUGGUCGCCUUGUGACGUUACUGGAAUGUUGAAUUAUGAAUCGUUAAUAGCCGUUGCAGACGGAUGGGGAGAAAAGGGUUUUAAGUUACUUAUUCGCGAUGGAUUUCUUACAGUCACUGCUUGGGAUUUGAAAGAAUUUCAUAGAGAUGAGAGGGUUCUAAUAAAACAUUUGAAAGAAGUUGAAGCAGAUAACUUCCAAAUUAUGGCAAACUUAACACCUUACAAUUUGAUAAACAUUCAGCUGCAUGUGCUAGAAGGCGCAAACAAAGGUUUCCGGUUUGAUGGCGUCGGGUCUGUGAUGAAUGAAGCUCCGCCAUACGGGGGACUCGUGUACGGCUACAACGACUCUAUGGUAGCAAUCUGGGUACCCACCUCUUUAAAACGAAACAGCGGAAAUGCGGCUGUUUUUAUGUUGGGAAGAAUUUGGGGAUCAGGAUUUAACGAACAAAUGACAAACAAUGUGACUAUUGUUAUUAAAGUCAUGGAUAUGUUAGUGCCUACCUGUCUACUUGAAGUUGGUUCUUUAAAAACACGCAGACUUGAAUCAUCCAAUCAUGACAAAUACAACGAUUCCACGUUGAAGUUUUCUGUUGGAGAUCAAAUCACAUUAACAUGCAAAACUGGUUUAUAUUCUUCGGAACAGAAUGUGACCAUGGCGUGUGCACAUAGAAACAAUGGUAGCUGGGAUCGGCACCUACCAGAAGAAUGUUACAAAUUGUGUCCAGAUAUCGAUCCAACAACACUGAACACAGAAAUUAUGCAAAACGAUAAUACUACUAGACCCGGAAGAACUGUUUUGUACGCAUGCUCACCUAGAUACAGACACGUUAGUGGCGAUCUUAUUCGAAGAUGUCGUAAAGAUGGUAGUUGGAGUGGAACAGCGCCUGUUUGUGAAGAAUGCAAGUGUCCUUGUUCACUGGUUGGCUCGGUACCCAUCAAGUCAAACGAAACAGAAAAACUCAAACAACGAAUCAGAGAGCUACGAUCUUCGUUGUCCGUACAGAAAAAUAUGACGGCUAAAGCUAGACGUCAAAAAGUAUGCGCCUCUGACCCCAGACCCUCUGCCAGGAUGCUAGGAAUAGUGUUCUGUGUGGGAGUUUUAACGGUUGUUAUUUCUGCCAUUGCGUACAUGGAUUUGUCUUCUUUUAUUUUUAUCAUCUGAUCAAAACUGCAGUGAAUACUUCUUAAGCGUAAAAUGUGUUUGCUUACUCAUAAAGCUUGUAAUCUCAUUAUAUAGUGAUUAGCAUUGCUUGUAAGCUGUAAUCAUAUCAAUUUUUUACUUGAUUAUGGUUUUUAUUUGAAAACGGUUUUCAGCAACUGUGCCAUUUAAACAUUUGCACUAGUUUACAAAACAAACUGGUUUACUUUUAAUAACAUGUGACAUUACAAUUGAUCCUAACCAUACUAUUCAAACUUAUGGAGGUUGGCACAUGAAAUAAUAGUAAUGUCAAUCAUCCGAAAACCAAUUAGAUAUAAAGAUGGGGACCUAAAAUGUUCAUCUAUUCUAUUUGUGACCCAUGUUACAUGCCAUCGUUUUUUGGAAAUUUAAGGCUCCAAAAAGAAAUGAAAAUUUUCCUAAAAUUUUUGCUAAAAUUUGACAUAGAAACUGAUAAUUUGAAGAAAUCAAAAAAUAUUUAUAGUUUGAAUUAUUAUUUAGUUAUGAUUUUAAUACAGCAUGAAGUUGAACACAUGUAGUGACUAUAAAAGUAAAAUCUAAGUCAAAGUUUAAAAAUUCUUGGUUUACUGGUGGCUUCAAAGGCCAGUACAUAAUGAACGAUGAAUGAUGAGUAAUAAAAUUAUAACACAAAUUAGAUUAUAGUAAUGUCAUGAACACAGCAACAGAUGUUACAAAAUUUUAGAGUAAUCAAAUUAUAACGCAAACAGAAAAACAUAGUAAUGUCAACUUUCCAAAGCUUUGCAUACAAAUAGACAUACAUUUAAUGUAUCAUUUAAAAGUAAAACAAGUAGGGAUCACAUCUCAAAAUUUUGAGAUAUAGCCGGAAAUAAGCAAAUUUUAGCCCAAAGUUGGAGUUAAUUUUUUCUUAAUUUCUAUAAAAUAUAGGCCAAAAUAUAUCCAUAGAAAUAUCAAAAUAUUGUUUAAAUAUGUUUUUCAGAAUAUCAUGAAGAUAUCGUAAUACACAAACUAUCUAGAAAAUUGGUCUGCGCUGAAAAUUAGGAAGUUUAAGUAACAGUACUCUAACACUAUUGAGUUAUAAAAAUUGUUCAUUUCCUUCUUGAAAACCUUCCGCCACAAAAUAUAGUCCCUUACUAAACUCUGUAAAAAUGUAAUUUUUUAAAUGCAAUUUCAUUCUAUAUAGUUUAUUUGGCAUUGUAAAAUAUAAAUAUAUUACAAGAAUUAAUAUGUGAUGCAGAAUUUUCAGACUAGAGGUGACCAAAAAUGGCUACCCAAACCUAAGGAGCGAACCUCUUUAAUCAAAAGUUUAAUAGCAUAUACACACCUCUAAAAACUUACAGAAUGUGAUAAUCAAAAGAAGACAACUGUAUGCACAGUUUAAGUUAUGGUUGCUUUUUAAUCUUUUAUUUGUGUUUAUUAGCGUAAGAGAAGUUGCUGCACAAUCCUGAAUCUCUUUUUACAACGUUAUGGUCGUAAUCCUUGCUUCACUUUCAUUACUAAUUCUAAACUUUAAACGUAGCAAAUUAAAAAUUACAUUUGCCCCCGGGCCCUCCCCUACUGAUUAAUUUAAACAAAAGCUUUAUAAAUUGUUCCCAUCGUUAUCCGCCUACACGCUUAAUUUAUAAUGACGCCAGAUUCCGGCUGAUUUUCUCCGGUUUAAGUCUUAAACACCUGUAUUUAUUUUAAGCCUAUACGUGCCAUUCCUCAAACUAAUUGAUCCACAGGUAAACCUCAUUGUUUUUGUGACCGGCUUCGUCCGAUCACAUUUGUGUCCAUAUGAGGCACUCGACAAAUGCUAUGACAAUUACAAUGCAAUGACAACCUCAUUUAAAUCUUAAAUAACACAUAGAAUACUUGAUAAAUAGAUUUAUAGAUAUAGUGUACUAAACAAUCAUAAUUUCUUAGUGUCAUACAUAUUUUGAUUCAUUGACCUUUUUAUCCUUAAUUGAAUGCUGUGGAAUCAUUAAAAUUCGUGGGGGCCAAUUUUCAUGGAUUGCUUAAAAUUUACAGGUUCGUUGGGUUGUAAUUUCGUGUAAUCUCUUAUACCUACAAACAGAAUUAUGACAUUAUAACUCUAAUUCAUUAAUUCGUUUGAAUAGUUAUUCGUGGACGAGAGGUACCCACGAAUUCCACGAUAAUUGAGCCGCAACGAAAUCUAAUGAUUCUACAGUAAUAUAUAUUAUACAUUCAAUCUUACCAUCAAAACAAGACACCACACGACACGAUCACAGAUUUAAAGAUGAAAUGAUAAAUUUGGGUGAUGAGAAGUCCAUCAUCAACUUAUAUUGCAAUGGGGGAAAUAAGUGGAAAUAAUGUUCAUCCAAUUUAGUUGCCUGAAUCAGGUAAAUACUCGAAUUCAGAUAAAAACAGUAGCCAGACAUUAAUUUAUGAACUAUGUAAGAUUAAAAUAUGGCAUGUUUUUUUUUAAA